AUGGGACAAAAUGCAAGCAAACGAGUCGCACUUACGUACAUCAAGAACACCGCAGAAAUGACGGCAAGGCUACUACGACAGCACAAUACAAUGUUCGCCUACAAGCCUACGAAUACUCUGCGGAGGACACUAUCAAGACCAAAAGGGAAAUUAGAUCCAACGGCGAAGAAAAAUGUCAUAUACAGGAUCGAAUGCAAGGACUGCGACAAACGCUCAAAGGUUGGUCUACUUGUUACCACAGCUUUUAACCUGAUAACUUGUAUGGGAGUGGACGAAAAUGCUGCUCUUGUAAGCACUUCAGAUGAUUUGUUGACGGAUAUUUGUUAUACCUCUGAAUGUCGAAUAGAACGUGGGCGUAAACGUCAACGUUCAUCGAAAUCUGCAGCUACUGCAACAAGUUCCGCCAACUUUGACAAAGUCAUCGAUCUCGGGGCUAAAUCCCUUUACUCAGCUUUUAACCUGAUAACUUGUAUGGGAGUGGACGAAAAUGCUGCUCUUGUAAGCACUUCAGAUGAUUUGUUGACGGAUAUUUGUUAUACCUCUGAAUGUCGAAUAGAACGUGGGCGUAAACGUCAACGUUCAUCGAAAUCUGCAGCUACUGCAACAAGUUCCGCCAACUUUGACAAAGUCAUCGAUCUCGGGGCUAAAUCCCUUUACUCAGACCCUUCAAUUAUUCAGUACACCAAAGAUUGCCUUGCUGCUUCCAGUUUGCCCCGACGAUUUCUGGUCGAUCAGUCAUCAGAAGUAUAUCGACUGAUCAAAUUUACUGGAUCGCCUUUCAAGCCAUCAGACUAA